AUGGAUGCGAAUCCCUUCCGCAACCCAGCGGGGUUGUCUUUCCCAGACUUGAUGAACGAUCCAGCUUUCGAUGAGAGGGACAAGGGUAUCGAGGACAUGGAUACUUGCCGUAUUUGCCAUGGAGAGGCUACAGAGGAAGAACCACUGUUCUAUCCAUGCAAAUGCAGUGGAAGCAUUAAGUUCGUCCACCAAAGCUGUCUGGUGGAAUGGCUGGCACACUCGCAGAAGAAACAUUGCGAGCUGUGCAAAACACCUUUCCGAUUCACCAAAUUAUACGACCCGAAUAUGCCACAAAACCUCCCGACGCCCUUAUUUUUGAAGCAAGCUUUGAUUCAAUCCUUCGGAACCUUGAUUACCUGGCUGCGAUUUGGUCUCGUUGCCUUCGUCUGGCUAGGGUGGUUGCCAUGGUCGAUGCGCGCAAUCUGGAGAGCACUCUUUUGGCUUGCGGACGGACGAUGGUCCACGACCGGCCAACAACAAACCGCAGCGGGUAGUUUAGCGCAAGCUGCAAAUAACACCGCAGCCACGGCUGCUGUAGUCAGCUCGGUUAUCCCGUCAGUCUCGAGUGCAGUUCAAUCCGCUCUCAGUACUCCACCAGCAAUACAUUCAUCAACCGAUGGGUUUCCUGCUGGAGAACCAAUGAUGCUGACGCUAAUAAAGAAAGUGAUACCCAGUCUCUUUCUCCCUGCUUCGACGUCACCCGGUGGCCACAAUGGCUCUGUACAAACUAACAUGACUGGGCUAUCAAAGGCUCGGUAUCCGUCAUGGCUCUCCGAUGUGAAAUUUCUCAUCACACUGACACCUUACCCAACCAUCAACAAUAUGAUUAUCGAUACCCUGGAGGGACAACUCAUUACCCUUUUGGUAGUCGUCGCCUUUAUUCUUCUGUUCCUUAUCAGAGAAUGGGUCGUCCAACAACAACCCAUGGUGAACAUUGCGGAGGGCGAACGGGAAGCUGCUAUGCGAAUGAAUGUUAAUGCCAAUCGCGCGAAUGAGCAACUGCUACCACCUCAACCCGCCCGCCCCCUUGCUCAUCCGAAUUUUGGCAUCCAUGAGCAGCACGACGGAGCUCAACAGGAGCGUCAUGAAAUCCCUCCUCGGGCUCGCGCUGCAUCUCCCGCUCCCUCUUGGACUGAUUCUGAUGAUGGUCUUCCUCUCCUUGAGAGACCUCCUGCGUCGAACAACAUGUCUACCGAAAGAUACCCUCAAGAUAGCGAAGGUGAAGGUGCUGCAAGCUUUUCAUCCUUCCAGCAGGAGUACCCUACAAACUCUGGCGUAGCUGGCUUCAGAGAUAUAUUGGCUCGCUCCAAUGGUGAUCGCGAUGAGAUACUACGACUAAUUCGUGAGGAAGGUCGAGAGGAGGAAUUAGGCUGGAUUGUGAACGCCUUGACCCCGGAUUCUCACGAUCAAAACUUCGCGGGACCUUCAAACCGUGCUGGUAAUCCUUCGCUAGGUGAAAAUUACGGCCCGCGUGAUUCCACCAAUUCACAAGAGAACGACAGUACUCGUCAGCAGAUUCAAACGAAUGAUGAGCAUGUUAGCCAAUUCUUGCAUGUCCAUGAGGAAGCAGCACGUCCAACAGCCCCGCAGGAGGAAUUUGAGAACCCACAAAGCAUUGCAGAGCGACUGAUGAACUGGUUUUGGGGAGAUAUCACGCCAGGCGAACAUGAUCCUGCCGAGGCAGUACAAGCCGAUGAAGAACAUGUUGUUCAGGACCCAGCGCUGGAAGAGCCUUUUGUGCCCGUUCCAAAUCGAUUGGAAGACCGACCCGUGGAUGGAGACAUGGCCAUCCCAGCUGACGCAGGGUUAGAUGCUAAUGAUAUGGAUGCAAUCGAAGGAGAUGAUUUCGAAGGGAUCAUGGAUUUGAUCGGCAUGCAAGGCCCCAUCUUUGGUCUCCUACAGAAUGGUGUCUUCUGUGCUCUUCUCAUCGCCUUCACGGUCACAGUUGGCAUCUGGCUUCCCUACCUAUGGGGAAAGAUUGCCCUGGUUUUGCUGGCCAAUCCGUUGGAAUUGAUCGUAGGUGUUCCAAUGACCACCCUCACUGUCGUGACAGACAUUGCUCUCGAUACUUUGAUAGGUGUUGUUGGGUACGUCAUGUACUGGUUGACAUUUAUCUGUAAAGUGGUGCUGAGCCCAUUUGUUGCAUUUGUUCCUCUUGGUGAAUGGAUUCCACGAGGCAAAUCCGUCACAACUGCCUCUCUCUCUCUUAUCGACGCUAGCACUCAUCGUUUGAACAAAGUUGUCAAAGCCUUCCUUGUUUUCAACGAGUCCGACAUCCCCAUGUUUUCGGUUCUUUCUCAUCAGGCACUUAGACUGCAUCAGGCUCGUCUCCUUGCGUUCUUUGAGUCAAUUUGCGCUAUCAUCAAGUUUGUUCUACACGACUUUCCCUUGCGCUUGAUCACACUUGGGGUCCCAGGGGCGCUCUCCUUCGAUCCGGAUUUUUCCCAGGUGAAGGGAUACGCGGUGCACCUUCAGCAGCUUUUCGGAAACUUCACCAGGUCUCAAUUGUAUUCCAGUUCCGGAACGAAGCUGCUAAAUGCAAGCACCGCCAAAGUAGUCUCAGGAUCCGUACCUAUUGACUAUGAUCUCGCGGUGUGGGAUUCCAAAGACCGCGUGAUCGCCAUAUCCAUGGGGUAUCUUCUUGCAACGAUUAUGGGGUAUCUUUACCUCCGAAUCACUGGAUUUCUCGCUGGACCUAAUCGUGGACAACGGAUCGAAGGGGUGGUUGCUGAGGUUCUUCUCCAGGCUGGGGGAGUCAUGAAAGUCAUCCUAAUCAUCGGUAUUGAGAUGAUCGUUUUCCCUCUCUACUGUGGCACAUUGCUUGACAUUGCCUUGCUACCUCUUUUCUCGGAGGCAACAAUCAUUUCCCGCAUCGCUUUUACUACCGGAUCUCCGCUCACGUCGCUUUUCGUGCACUGGUUUAUUGGCACUUGUUACAUGUUCCACUUUGCCCUAUUUGUGUCCAUGUGCCGAAAGAUUUUGCGAACAGGCGUUCUUUACUUCAUCCGAGACCCCGAUGACCCUACUUUCCACCCCAUUCGAGAUGUCCUGGAACGUAGCAUUACUACCCAGCUUCGUAAAAUUGGCUUUAGUGCCCUUGUUUAUGGGACACUAGUCAUUGUCUGUCUGGGAGGAGUUGUCUGGGGCCUAAACUUUGCAUUUGAGGGUGUUCUACCCAUUCAUUGGUCCGCCAGGGCCCCCAUGCUUGAGUUUCCAGUGGAUCUUUUGUUUUACAACUUUAUUAUGCCACACAUCAUCCAAUCCUUCAAGCCGUCGGAUGCGCUGCAUGGUUUGUAUGACUGGUGGUUUCACCAAUGCGCACACUUCCUGCGCCUCAGCAAUUUCUUCUUCCCGGACAGACACCCCGAAGAGGAGGGACACCACGUGUAUCGGACUUGGUGGGCCUUUAUUGCUGGACGCAAGGGUGACUGGGAACAUCCUGUAAUCGGGGCAGCUCAACGGGCUGCCGCGGAGAACGAAAACCGUGACGUGUAUUUCCUACGAGACGGUCGGUACGUCCGAGCUCCUGCAUCGGACCAGGUUCGCAUACCUAAAGGAACUCAGGUUUUCUUGGAUGUGACUGAAAACAAUGAACGUGUUGAUGGGAAUCUUGAUUCGGAAGAAGGUCUACACGGACGGUCCAGCAACAUGUUCACCAAAGUCUAUAUCCCACCUUUCUUUCGUCUACGAAUCGCCGCUUUCAUUCUCCUCAUCUGGCUGUUUGCUGCCACCACAGGGGUAGGCAUCACAAUUAUUCCGCUCAUCAUUGGGCGGAAAAUGAUAACUAUAUUUUUCUCCAGUCCAGUGCCUGUGAAUGACAUCUACGCAUUUUCUAGCGGGCUAUGUGUUGUUUUCAGCUUUGGUUACCUGGCCUAUUACUGUCGCGCUGCAGUGAGAGCUAUGCAAGGCAACUCGUGGACACACUUGCGAUCUCCAAGUCAGUUCGGCCGCCUUUGUGCAGCUGUUGCACUCGAUGCUGGGCGUCUUCUCUACAUCUCCGCUGCCUUGGCCAUUUUGCUACCGACUCUUUUCGCACUCCUCACUGAACUAUAUGUGCUGAUUCCCCUGCAUACUCUCUUCGGGGACGGCAAAUCCCAUAUAGUUCAUGUUGUUCAAGAUUGGACGCUAGGGGUGCUUUACGUCCAGAUGGCAAUCAAGUUGACUUCGUGGCACCCUCAGUCCUGGGCAGCGGCCGUAUUGAAUGGCAUUUUCCGUGAUGGCUGGCUCCGUCCCAAUGUGCACCUCGCCACCCGGGCUCUUAUCCUGCCCUUGUUACUCUUCACAGCUGCUGCCGUUGUUGUUCCCCUUUCCCUCGGCGGAAUCCUGGGACACACUGUUCUCUACAGGGUCGAGGCGCAGCAGAACAUCUACCGCUAUGCUUAUCUCGCCACGCUACUAUUUGCUUUGGCAGCGUGGGCUAUCCACCUUGUGCUCCGUUGGGUGACCAUAUGGCGCAUCAACAUGCGGGAUGAUGUAUACCUUAUCGGUGAGCGGUUGCAUAAUUUUAGUGAGAAACGGGCUCGGGAUGUUGGGGUUUCUCGGAGGGUGAUCACAGGGUGA